GAUAGAUGCGCUUUGUUUUCCGGAAGGAGCUCACUGCGGCUUUCUGCGUGUUGCAUUUAAGAAGUGUUGUGUUUGAGUUGUGCGGUGUCAUGAGCGGCUCGCUGUGUCCGGUGUCGGUCCUGCGGGUCUGUGCGGUUCUUCUUGACUCCGCGGAUCAACUCGCCGUGUUGGGACACAUCAUGUCCGUGACAAACGGAGACACAACCGCCGCGGCUGCUGCUGCCACAGCGGUCUCCGAGGCCAUCAGCAGGGUCCUGGAGCAGUACGGAGAUGAUGCGUUUCACCUGUGGGCGGCGCGCGGAGGCGGCAUGUGUGAGACAGUACAGAAGCGCCACAGGGAACUGGAGCGCUGUCUGAUGGACAGUCUGAUCUCAUCCGAUUACAUGACCAAAGUGAAGAGUGACUGGUGGUUUGCGGCCCGGCUGAUCGGCAAGCUGCUGACGGAGCUGAAGGAGGAAGGAACGUUCUACAGCCUGAUACACACCGUGGAGGAAGAGAACAGGAGGAAAGCUCAGCUGCACCAUAUAAUCAAAAGUGAAGAAGAGGAUCGUCUUAGGAUCAAAACCCUGCAGGAACAGUUACACGUCACCCGCAGAGAUACAACGCUCCAGAUUCAGGAACGUGACAAAAUGGCGGCGUACCUCGAGGAUCAGCUGCAGGAGCAGAAAAUGAAGAAAAGCCUGCAGGAGAAGUACAUGAACGACAGCACGGAGCUGUUCGUCUAUCAGGGACAGAAACUGAACAGCUACAUCGAGAAGCAGCUGGAGGAUGAGAUCGAGACGCUCAAGAAGAAGCUGACGGAGGAGGAAAAGGCUCACGGAGAACUGGAAGCUUUUUUUAAGAACAGUCAGACAAGUCUGGAGGAAAAUUUGGAGUACUGGAUGGAGCGCUACGAUAGAGACACGGAGGACAAACAGCGAGAGCUGAACACCAUAAAGACCAACAUGUCCAACACCCGGGCGCAGCUCCAGGACCUGGCCAAGAAAUACAGAGAGUGCGAGCGGGUGAUCACCGAGGACAGGCAGGAGAAGGAGAAGCUGCGCAAACAGCUGGAGAAAGAACAGCUGGAGAGGAAAGCAGCUAUAAAGAUUCAGUCGUGGUGGAGAGGAACGAUGGUCAGGAAAGGUCUCGGGCCGUUUAAAAAGGGGAAGAAAUCCAAGCAGAAAAAGGACGGCAAAAAAGGGAAGAAGAAGAAGUGAUGCAGGAAAAAAAAAAUAAUAAAUAAAUAAAAAAUCAGACAAGUGGCAGAAAUGGGAACUUUAUUAAUUCAAUUUUACAAUAAAUCCAAAUGUUCAGAAAAUACUUUGAAUAUUUUACUAAUUUUAUAACAUUACAGUAAAAGCUUUUACGGGAAAAUUGUUGCAAGUAACGCUGUAAAAAAAAAAAUAAAAUAAAGGAAGAGAAAGUCCGCGCUGUCUGAAUGA